AUGGCCAAUGAAAUAAAAGAUAACAAUUUACCUGUAAAUAACCCUGAUACUAGUAGGAAAUCAAUAGAUAGUGAACAAGAAGUCAUAAUUAUUAAACAUGAUGUUGAAAAGGUUGGCACUUUUACCGAACCAUUUAAAAAAUACAUGAAUGCAAAAUCUAUUAAAAGCAAUAAAAAUAAAACCAAGUUGAGCUAUAAUCGUGAUGUAGAUGGAUCAAAUAGUUCUGAUGGUAGUACCACUAAUGAUAACAAGUAUCAUAUCGCAAUUUGUCAAAAUGGGAAAUUUGUCGCUACAUUCGAUACCGAAACUCUUCAAAUUAAGUUGUUGGAGAACACCGAUAGUAUUUACAAAAUAAUCGAACAAUUUAAAAUAGGCCGUGAUUUCACUAUAUCUCAAGAACGACAACACACUAUAAUUGUCGAUGGCGAUGACAAUCAUGAUGAGGACGACGGUGAUGAUGGAAAAGAAACCACCUCGACUAAUGAUGAAAAUUUUGGAUGGUCUAUCGAUAUAUCGAAUUUAUACACAAAAGAUAUGAAUAAAUAUUUCAUUUAUGUCGCCUUAUCUCGUAUAGUCGAUAAGGAUCUGACGAGUACACCGGGAGAAACAAGAAAUGGAACUACAAUGAUCUACCGCCUUGAACUAGAAAAAACAAAUAAAAAUUAUAAACAUACUAUGAAAACUAAUACCUAUCACAUUUCGGGAAUUUCGGGAAUAUGUAGAUUUAUAAAUGAGUCUGAAAGCGAAAAAGUUCUUAAUUCAGAAAGUAACAAAGAAUAUUUUACUUUAAGAACUAUAAGAAGAUUCGUAAUAUUGAAUUUCGAUGGUAUACAUAGUUUUGAUUGUAAAGAUAAUUUUGUAUUAUCCAAACAAUUUUAUUAUCCACAAUGUAUCAAACAUGAAUUAAAGGCAUUAGAUUCUCCAACAAUAUCUGAUUACAUAAAUCUACUUCAAUCUUAUAUUUAUGAUAAAUAUUUUCUUGUUGAGAAUUACAAAGAUAGCGUACAAUUACUUGAAGUUUACAACCUAGAAAAAAUGAAAUUGGAAACUAUUACAAUAAGGAUCGAAAAUAGUCAAGAAAAGCUCAUAAGAAAAUAUAAUAGAAAUCAUUUUUCAAUCAGUGAGAACAAACAACUACUCUGCUUUACACGAGGGCUUCAAUCUGUCAAAUUAUACUUUAUGGAAAAUGGUUUGGAAGCCAUCUCAAAGAAAUUUAAAAGUAUUGAAAAAAUCUACUUAUUAGAAUUUAUUCAAGAUAGUAAGAAAUUACUCGUAAUAGGUAGCAGCGACCCAGAAGAGAAAAAAUUGAAGCUUAUAAUCUGGGACAUGUAUAAUUUUGAAGAAAGUGAAACACCGAUAGAAUUAGACAAUUUUCUUAAGAAAGAUAAUCUUACUACUCGUUUAGCCAGAAUUUAUGGAAUUAUUUUACAAAUCGAUGAUAGUGGAGAAGUUUCAUCGGUCUUUAAAGAGCUUGAAGAAGAAAAGGAAAAGGAUAUAAUUAUAAGUCCAGCAAAUAAAUUACUUGAAAGUCCUGGUAAAAAACCAAAUGGAAAACCAGAUAAAAGGCAUACUAUAUAUUAUGAUAAAAAUACAAAUCCAUAUUUCAAACCAAUAGUUGUUGAGAAAGAACCAUGGGUGUUAGGUGAUUAUGAUAGAAAUUCUUAUUGUCUUUAUCAAAAUAAAAAUGGAUCAGAGAUAGAAACUCUACAACUUAUAGUUGGUAGAUCUACUAUCCAAGUUUGGCAUCAAAUCACUUCUGACGAUAAAAAUAAAAGCAAGGACGAACUUCCUAACGAAGGAGAACCAUUUCUUGAAUAUAUAUGGACAAAUGGUAUUCCUGUAAAUCAAGAAAGAGAAAAGACAAAAUUACAGAUUGAAGAAUUUGAAUAUGGACCGAAAGAUAGUAAAUUAAAUGACUUUAAAUUAAACGAUUUUUGUUUGAAAGUUUAUUGGUAUGAAAAAGUUUCAAAGGACGAGAGUGAAGAUGAUCUAGAUGAACUCAAAAUAAAAGAUGAUGAUAUUGAAAUUAUUAGAAUGGAAAAGGACAAAGAAUUGAGAACGGAAAAGAAAAAAGGUAGAGAAGGGAUAACCAAAAUGGAAAAAGUUAUUCAACCGCAAGAUAUUAUUGAUAAAGUUAAUGCAGUUAGAUAUGCGUGCAAAGCAUUGGAAUUUAUCAAUAAACGUACGAAAUCUCUUGUGAAUUACACUAAAGAACAUCACUGUGAGGAAAUGGUUGCAUAUAUUAAUCGAAUAAUAUGGAGGUUUAUUAAAUACAAGCCUGAUGACUUUAGAUUGCUAGAUGUUCGACGUAAUGUUAUGAAAAAUUUGAUUCUUGGUGAUUGUGAUCAUUUGAUAAAAUUUAUAUUAUUUGGAGACAACAAUAAUGAUGAAAAAAUCAAUAAUUUACAUAUACCGAGGAAAACAUUUUGGAAAAAAAGAAAGAUUAUAAAUGACGACACCGAAGAGUAUGAAAUAACGAACGUUAUGGAAUUAGCAAUCUAUCAUUGCAGAGGUCGUGAAAUUAAAGAUACCAUUAUUGUUGCUUACCUUUUGGAAUAUUAUUCUAGACACGCAACAGAUUAUGCGGGUUGGAUGAGUACCGUUUCUAAGGCUCUCCCUCUAUUAUUUAAAUACAAUUAUGAUGAUUACGUCAAAAAAUUAUUUCGUAAAGAAUGUUUUGCAAAUCAAAAUUACCUUUCAGUACAAAAACAUAAUAUUAUUAUUCCAGUAAAAUAUCAAGAAAGGCAUAGUAGCCAUGGAAUUCAAUUUAAAGCGUUUGAAGUCAAUUUGCGUUCUGACAAAAUUAAAUUGCACAGUAUGAUUUGGGAAACAUACAAAUCUAUUACGAAUACAAUAUAUAAAAAAUUAGAAGAAUGGAUCAAUAAAGAUUUUGAAAAACAACCAUUAGCUUUACGAGUAGUCCCACUUCCUGAAUUUACUAUAAAUAAUCGUGCUUCACAACAGAAUAAUCCAGAGGGAGGAAAUUUUCUUUUGAAUAUUUUUUUGUUCUUAUUCAUACCACGAUGGUUUAUUCUGCUUUACGAUCCUAAUACGGAGAUCAUUAAAACUAAAGAUUCAACAUUUAGUGGAACUGCUACGAAUCCCGUAAAUGGCCAAGAAAUUAUGAAUGUCACAAUGAAAGCUGAUUUUAAUUCUACAGAUCGGAAUGAUAAUCCAUUUUCAUAUUUUUCUACAUCAAUAAUUUCUGCAUAUUAUUGGCUUAUCGGUGAUUUUGUUCAGAGAGACUCAUUUGAUUUUUGGGCUGUUGAAGUGUUUACCUUUAUCGCCAGUGUCCUUUUAGUAACUAUUUUACAAAAUAUGUUUAUCGCUUUUAUGAGUGGUGUGUACGAGACAGCAACUACUAAAGGCAGACAAGCAUUAUUAAGAUUUAGAGCAAAUCAAAUUGCAAAUUAUGAAGCAUUAAAUCAAGUUCAUUUUCCACAGAUUAAACCUGAUCCAAAAUAUAUUUAUUAUAUUGGUCGAUCAAAGCAUUUUGAAACGUGGUAUGAGAGUAGAAAAGACGAUGGUCCUAUUUUUAGUGAUUUUGAAAAAAAAUCCACUUUUUCAAAAUUUGUUUUUGAAGAAAAAGAUUAUGAUGAAUUUUCACUUUGGAAGUAUGAUAUUGAUUUUGAAGGUGAAAUUAAAAAGUUCAACAUAAUGAAGAAGAGUUUGAAUAAUAAUAUCGAAAAUUUGAUAAAAUAUUUUAAUCAAAAAAAUGAUAAGAAAUAUGAUGAUAUUGAUGAUAUUGAUAUUAAGAAAGAAAUUGAAGAGUUCAAAAUAAAGAAGAAUUAUUUAAAUGAUAAUAUCGAUAAUUUGAUAAAUUAUUUUGAAGAUCAAAAAAUUAAGGAAAAUGGUAAUGUUGAUAUUAAUAUUGAAAUUGGAAAGUUUAAAACAAUGAAGAAUAAUUUAAAUGAUAAUAUCGAAAAUUUGAUAAAAAUUUUUGAAGAUCAAAAAAAUGAUAACGAUGCUGAUAAUAUCGAUAUUGAUAAGAAACUUGAGGAUUUAAAUGAUAAUAUUGAUAAUUUGAUAAAAAAUCUUGUUCGAAAAUGUAAUAAGAAUAAUUUGAAUGAUAAUAUUGAUGAGUUGAUAAAAAAUUUAGAAGAUCAAAAAAGUGAUAACGAUGUUAAUAAUAAUAUUGAAAUUAAUAAGAAAAUUGAAAUAUUGAAGGCCAUAAAAUAUUAA